AUGGAUCAACGAGAAUCAGUUGAACAAAAUAAAACUCUGCCAAUAUCUGAUAUUGAUCAAUUAUGUAAUUUAAUUGAUGAAAGUACAUUGGGUGGUUCUAUUCAAGGAUCUUCAUAUAAAUCAUCUAAUUUAUCAUUACGAUUUCGUUCAGUUCCUACAUGUCAAGUAAAAGCAUUUCGUUCAUCUCGUCUUAAACGUUUAAAUUCAUCAUCAAUAUCAAAAAUUCAAGAACAACAAGAAGAAAAUGAUGAUGAUGAUAAUAAUGAUGUUACUGAAAAAGUAUCUUGUCGUUCAUUAGUUCCAUAUGCACGUCGAACAUUAUCAAUGCGUUUUUCUCUAUCAUCUCCAUCAUUACUUAAUCGAUUUCGUUCUUUAUCAACAUGUCAUUUUCCUCAAACACGUCGUAAUACACAUCUAUCAUCAAAUAUACGUUCACAUCAUAUUCGAUAUUCAUCACCAACAACAAUAACUUUAUUUCGUACAAAAUCUAUAUUACCAUCUAUUAUUGAAGAAGAAUCAAAUAUUGAUAAUCAUUCAUCAUCACAAUCACAAUCACAAUCACAAUUAUCAUGUACAAUUGUUGAUACACGACGGCCAGCAGCUAAUUCAUGUAAUGUUGAAGAAUUAGCUGCUUAUCUUGAUAAUUUUCUUUAUUUACCAAAAUCAUUAUCUGGUGCAGCUGAACUUAUGUAUACAUAA